UCGUCGAAGGUGAAGGCGUCGUAUGCCGACGAGCGCCCGUUCAGGCCCAAACACCUUACAGCACGUCUUCACUUGUCAACAAUGAGCGGCGGUCCGACCCCCUGCUGAACGCCUGCGACCUGGACACCAGCACUGCUUCCGUCGCCUCUGCGCCUCCACGAAGACACAUCUGACACCAAGCACCAUGUCGCGUUCUGACCAACGGAUAACACUGCAAGCUCUCACACCCUUGACCAAUACAGACUCGUCUCCGCCGCCUGGCAAGCUCGCCAGUCCGCGGUCCACGAGAUCUUCAUACGAAACGAUGCAAACGUCUGCCGCCUCGCGUGCAGCGCCGUCGAGCGCGCCUGCCAAUGGCACCGACACCAUCACACCCAUAAAUACACCGCCCGAGACGCGGACAUCAAUCUUUCCUUCAGAUGGCGCACUCGGCCAACGCAUAACAUACGACCCGCUCCUCGACUCGAAGUUAGACAAGAAGGCCCGUCAAUCACGACCGCCGGCAUACAAGCAAAUACUGGAUAAGGGCGACCCAUCUCCGCCUCCAGAUCCCCGUCUUGCCAUAGCUGGCUACAGCACGGGCGCAUAUGCUAUCAAGACCGUGGGACCAGCUGCACCUAAGACGAAGCUGCGAAUGGCGCCUUAUAUUGCGAAACCGUACGCUUUCGAUGCGCGCAUUUCGUGCGGUCCCGGACCUGCAACGCAGGUGGUAGUCACUGGUUUUGAUCCACUGACAGCGGAUGCGCAAUUGCGGGGUUUCUUCUCUACGUAUGGCGAGGUCGAGAAGCUGCAGAACCAGGUCCAUCCAGAUAAUGGCAGUCCUCUGGGAAUUUGUCUUGUCAAGUUUCGCGACUCUGCGCCCAUGCGCAAUACACCGUCGGUCAAAGCAUCAAACUCAGCGAAGCGCGCAGAGAAGGAGGGCACGGGUCAGCGAAUUGGUACAGGCACCCAUCCAGUAAGGAUCCACACAGAUCGCGAAGGAAGAAGAUGCGCAAAGCUUGUGGCUAUGGCGGUGCAGCAGACUCGCAAGGAGCAGGAUAAGCUGCGGACCAGGCUUGCUGCACAAUCAGCUAAAGUCUCAACACCCGCUACCCCUGCCAGCUUCGAUCUGCCAGCAAACGUGCCUAAAGGACCUUCCGGGAAAGGCACGCGCCCGCCGAUACCGAUAUCGAUGCCUCGAGAGCCCUUGUCGCGCAAGGCAGCACUGUCCCACCUCAUCGAACGCGAACCGAUCAAGCCCACAAUGAAGCGAACACCCUAUCUGUUCAUCGCUCACCAAUACGUACCAGUAUUGGCUACAACCGUCGACCAUCUCAAGAGACGUCUGAAGGCCUUCAAAUGGAGUGCAGUUCGGUGCGAUCAGACUGGUUACUAUGUCACGUUCGAAGAGUCGAAACGAGGAGAAGACGAGACCGUACGAUGCUUCCGUGAAUGCAACAUGCAGGCAUUGUUCACAUACGUGAUGAACAUGGAAUGCAACCAGUACGGUGACCCACAAUAUGAGCGAAGCCCGAGCCCAGAGAGGGUCCUUGCGGACAAAAAGCGAAAGGCUAUCGAAGAGCGAAUCGCUGAGGAAGAGGCUGCAGACCUGGAGUUUGAGAAGAAGCAAAGGGCUGACUCGCUCGACCCUGUCCUAGCCGCACUUGAUCAACUCAAGCAUGAGUUGUCUGAAAAGUUACUUGGAGACAUCAAAUCUCGCAUCGCAGGCCCUGCGUUGCUGGACAUCAUGUCUUCAGAACGCCAAGCUGCGAAGCGCCGAAAGCUCAACAUCCAAGACCCACAGAUCAAGGAAAACAACAUGUUAACACCCACAUUGGAUCCAUUCGCCGCGGCGACUCCCAAAGGACGCAAUGGGGGCUUCGCUGGACGACGUGGUCGCAAUGCGCUUGGACUUAUUGACCAUAAUAGGAGGGGUAAGAAGCCCCUUCGCGUUGUCAAUGCAUUCGCAGAUGAGCGGAGGAAGGCGUCCGCGCCAAAGCCAAGGAUUGCGCGUGGUUUGCAUCGACAGAUGCUGGAAAUGUUCGAGCCGGCGGAAGAGUCAGACGACGAAGGCCGCAGUACUCUUACACGAGGCACAGAAGAGCAAGAGAGCCGACCAAUCAGCCGUGCCCAUUCCACUGAUAUCGAAGAUGAGGAAGAGUCUUCAAGAGCCCACCGCGCAAAGCGGCGGCGUAUCGAGACAGGUUGGGGUGAGGAUAGCGACGAGGAGAUGGACGACACACAUGCCAGGAGUUUGCUUGCCCAUUGUAUUCACAAAGACCCCGAAAGUAUGGCAGAGAAAGAACUCGAACAAGUUCUUGCUAUCCUCCCGCGUUCUUCGCCUAUCUGGAAGAAAGCGGACAAAGCACUCAAAGGCUUCAGGCGACUGCGAAAGAUCGAACAAGAGGCGGACGCAAUUUUUGGGGUGGAAACACCACCAGAAGACAAACUCGAGCCUACGGUUAUCAUCACCGAUGAGGACGACGCGUCUAAACCCGUUGAGACAACCGAGAAGGAAGCACCUGCACCAGCAAAGAAGGGUACCGCCAAACCGAAGAAGAAGACCAAGAAGCAGAUGCAAGAGGAGGUCAAGGCUGCAAAGGCAGAGGUCAAAGAAGAAGUUGCUGAAGUUGCUGACGCCGUCGAGGGAGAGCUUGCUGGAGUCAAGAAGCCUGAGAUCGUUACAGAAGUGUCCGUCGCUGAAGAGACACCAGAAGAUGACGAUCAGAACUCCGUCUACUGGGGGGUAUCCUCAGACGAACCACGCAAGACUGUUGAGGAUGACCUCAGUGUGGUGAUGGACAUUGACGGAUGGCAACACAUGCUCAAAGACGAAGAAGAUCUUAGGAACCUCAAGAUUGCCAUGCAGUCAAUCGAGGCCGCCAAGAUCCAAGACGCGCAGUCCUGGGCCUGGAAGCAGAAAUCGAUCAAGCACCUCAAUAACUCCGGCGAGGCAGGCGUGUCACGCAAGGAGACCAAGAUCGAAGGCUACUAUUUGCCAAACUCUACGGGAUCAGCCAGGACCGAAGGCGUCAAGAAGAUCCGCGAGUCUGAGAAGUCGAAGUACCUGCCUCAUCGUAUUCGUGUCGUUAAGGAGCGUGAGGAACGUCAACGGCGAGCCAAGCAGGAGGACAAGUCGACCAUCUCUGUUGAGGGCUUCAAGUUCACGACUGCUUCACAGAAGACAUCGACCGCCAACUCUCGCGCAAACCGUGCCAACAACCGACGCAUGGUCAACGAUAUCAACAUCUCUAAGGUUUCCGGUGCUGAUGGUGAUGCUUUGCGCUUCAAUCAGCUGAAGAAGCGCAAGAAGCUCGUCAAGUUUGAUCGCUCUGCAAUCCACAACUGGGGGUUGUACGCCGAAGAAAACAUUGUUGCAAACGAUAUGAUUAUCGAGUAUGUCGGUGACCGAGUGCGACAACGAGUUGCAGAUCUUCGUGAAGCCAAGUAUGACAUGCAGGGUGUUGGUUCUAGUUACCUCUUCCGUAUCGACGAAGAUACGGUCAUCGAUGCUACGAAAAUGGGUGGCAUUGCGCGUUUCAUCAAUCACAGCUGCACACCAAACUGUACAGCAAAGAUUAUUCGGGUGGACAACUCAAAGCGCAUCGUCAUCUAUGCGUUGCGCGAUAUCGGCAAAGACGAGGAACUCACCUACGACUAUAAAUUCGAACGCGAGAUGGAUGCUACCGACCGCAUUCCCUGUCUUUGCGGCUCCAUCGGUUGCAAGGGCUUCCUCAACUGAUCGCACUAUCUUCCUCUCCAUGGAGUACGACUGUCUUCAACUACGCUUGCGCAAUCGCCGUCGCGCUUGAGCGCUUCUUCAACAUUAUCAGACGGAUGUUAUUUACGGUCAGGGUCGAAGCCGAGAUUAUUUGGAAGAGGUUGCAUUCGACGGCGUUACUCAUUCUUCACAUAUCUUAAGACGAUCC